GUUUUGUUGUGGGCUACAAAGCAGCGAGUGUUAUACUGUCGUUUUAUAGAUGGCUCAAAACUUUGAUUUUACGCACACGAUAAGUUUCCCCAUUACAGUUAAAUACGCGCUUAAAUGUCGGCAAUCUACAUAUUGUUUACCCGGCUCUCACGGUUGGCUAAGUGGAGCUCAAAGUUUGGGAUCCCACUGAAUCAGCCAUGACCAGAAGCCAAAUGACAGUUCUGUGAUGAGAAACUAAUAUUUUUCUUCUUUGGUCCCAGUUUAUCAUAUGCACUGGACCAGAAACCACCUUGUUUAAUGCAUGGGUCACUGUGUCGUGGGUUGAGGGGCUGCUACUUUAAUAUCACUAAAGACAAAUGGCAUAAUAUCCAGUGGUGGGGGGGGGAAUACAUAUAUCAAAUACUUAUUUAGAAGCAAACCUAAAAUAUACUCCAAAGUACAUGUCCCGCGUUCCACUCUUUAACAGCACUGGAAUCAAAAUGAACUUUGCUCACCAUGCAGAUUAGCCCUUGGCUUUGUGGCUGGAUUAUGAUGCGUUCAUGCAGCAUGAUGUGAAGCAGCAGCGGUUUAAUGCUGUAAUUGAACUGAUUUACAGUUGAUUUGAUAUAAUCACAUCAGCCACCACUGUGAUAAAAAAAAAAACCCAGAGUGAAAUACUUCAGUAUAAACAACUUGCUUUUGAACGCUUGAAUUAAUUCACGUAGAAUCAGUUCCCUUACUGAAUUUUGUUGGCGAAUUCUGAUUUUGUUCCAUGGGUGAAAUAAUAAUCAGUUUGUGUAUAAACAUUUCUGAAGAGAGCAACGAACAGUCACCGCCACGACUCCAUCCAUGUUUAAAUUACGCAUUCGUGACGCAGAAUAUUAAAAUGACCGAGCCAGACUUUUUUUACAUGUCUGGUCACUCUGGCUCCUGCAGCAGCAGGAUAGUGUUUUGGUUUUCCCACUCCUGCAGCUUGUGUGAUACAGCUGUUUUCUGCGGGGGCCCCCCAGUUUCAGUCGGGGCGGACAAAUGUAUGAGCUCAGGGGGACUCUCACAGACUCGGCGGCGCCAGGUCUUCACACACUCACAGGAUAUGUAAAGACUUCAAUAACGAGCCAUUAACCCCUAAUCAUCGGGAUCGAUCAGGCGUUAACAAGGGGCCCCCCACACAUGCAAAUGGCGACGAGCGCCGGGCCCCUAUAAAAGCUGAAGCCUGGACGGGAGGCUGCAGCCACACACGCGCACUCUCCCUCCGACAGUAGGUGGAUUCACAGGUCUCCGAGCAGCACUGGCAACAUGGUCAAAUACUUCUCCGUGGACUGGCUGGCCCAGAGCCAUCGCGUCGCCUCGCCCACCGAGGACCACGGAGUUGGCAUGAUGGACCCUGCGUCGACCUGCAGACCCCACGUCCCCUGCGUGGUGCAGCCGCGUCCGCCGACUUUCGGAAAAGGUUACCUGCAGCCGAAACCCAAACCGCUGAGGCCCACUGACCCCGAGUCGGCGGAGAGCAGCGGCACCCCGUGCUCCCCUCCCCGUGCAGCCAGCUGCGCCUCACCAACUUCGGAAAUCGGCGGGUACUCGUCCGGGUACGAGAGCGAAGCGGCCUCCUCCGAGUGCCCCUCCGCGUACGAGGGAAGCGAGGCGGAGAAGGACGGACCUCAGCGCCGCGUGCGCACCAAGUUCACCCCCGAGCAGAUCGGCAAACUGGAAAAGAUCUUCAACAAGCACAAAUACCUGGACGCCGGGGAGCGAGUGAAGACGGCGCAGAAGCUGAACCUCUCCGAAACUCAGGUGAGGACCUGGUUUCAGAACAGGAGGAUGAAGCUGAAACGGGAGGUGCAGGACUACCUCGCCCCGCAAGUCCCAUCGGUGAUGUUCCAGCCUCUGGCCCCAGUCCGGUACCACGGCGUGGCCGGCCAGCCUCCCCACUACACCGCGGCCGGCCCGGCCUUCUACCCGCUGCCCGUCCCGCAGAUGAUGGCCCCUCACCACCCUCCUCACCUCAUCAUCCACAGUCCUCAUUUCUACUGACAAAAGCCCCCCCCAAAAAAACUGUCAAUCAGAGACUUCUCCCACCGAAACACUUAAAAUCAAAAAGUGCAAUCCAGAGUUUGUUUUAUUUCAUGUGUAUGUUUUUUUCUUCUUUUUUAUUAUAUUUGAUAAAAAAAAAUAAUUGUAUAUGAUUCACAGAAAAGUCUAU